AUGAUGCGUUUACAUGGUACUGCUUCCGAAAAUUAUCAAGGCUCUUCGACAUCGAAAAGGGAAAUACCAAGGUUGAAAUCAUUACUUAAUGGUCCAUCAAUAAUCUUCAAGAGCAUUUUUUUCAAAGAUAUUAUAUCACCUUGUAAAAUAUUAUGGACACCACCAAAAGCAACUUCUAAACGUUCCACUGAAUACGCAAAAGAAUUGAUUCAUGCUGUGGAAAGAAAAGUUAAUUGCCGUGAGGAAACUUCAAUCCGACUCGAGAAAAAGAGGAUAAGAAAUGAGGAUAUCUUUAUACGGGCUCGAAACAUACCAAAAUAUUGUCCCCUAUGGGAAAAUACCUUAAGUCAUUAUUUAAAACCAAAGAAGAGGUUUCAUGGUGUUCAAGUCGUUGGACCAAAAGUAUACGUUAUAAAAGUUGAUUUGGAAACCAUUAAUUUUCCACCUUUUAAUUACAAUAUAUUCAACCCACAUUUGACUGGUCGUUUAAAUAUUCAAGGGUUUUCAGAUACUGGUGAGGACGUUACUACAUAUUUUGAAGGCUAUUCUAUUGAAAAUGAUAAGUUGGGAUUCCUAUCUUCGAAUUGGGAGGACCACCCAUGCCUGGAAGACCUAACAGCAGAUGAUAUUGUUGAUAUUUUUCAUUGGCUAAAAUUAAAGCCAUUCAGAAGAAUUUUGAACAAAAAACCAGUCAAUAAAAGGUGGAGCAAAUUACCCUUGCGGGUUUUGAAAGAUAUUGUUAAUGAAACAGAAUAUCAAAAUGAUGGUAGAUAUGUCUUUAUGAAAUGGAAAGAGAGGUUUGUAAUUGAUCAUGCAGUAGAUGAUGAACCAGUAGCGGGAAUAACAUACCGUGGUUUUUAUUAUAUUGUCCAUGAUAAGUUUACUGGGGAAAUUGAAGGUUUUUACCAUGAAAGAGGAACCGCAGCAUUUCAAAGACUAAGCUUACAACCCGUAGAAACGCUAACUAAUGUAAGUAGCGAUUCUUUUGAGCUCUGUUAA